CUGCAUAUUCUGUCACAGACGCUAUAAUGACACAGAUACAAAGAUGAGUCCUCUAUCUAUCUCUAUGGAUGCGCACCAUUGUUCAGAAUAAAGAAUGCAGCAGAUGUGAAGACGAUCAUUUUUGUCUCCGUUUCUAUCUAUUACUACAGGCCAACUCAGAUUAAGUCUGAGGCUGAUAACAUCAACAGUGAGGACAAACCCAGCCUGUCUCUCUCCUUCCACACUGAGUCCAAAUCUACAGUCACUGGGUCCUGAUUGUGACAGUGGAGGCCAGUUUGCACUGCAGGAUCCAGAGAUGGCAUCAGUGAAGCUGGAAGACUGCAGUCAAUCACUGGAGCUGAAUGUCAACAUUAAAGAUGAAGAAGAGGAGGAGAAGAUUGGUACAUCUGUUAGUCAUGGAGACCAUGUUGAUACAUUAUCUACAUCCAGAGAGCAACAGCAGGAAGAUCAUAGAGCUAAGAGGUCUCACCACUGCCGACAUUGUGAGGAGAUUUUCCCAUUUCUAUCAACGCUAAAAAUACACCUACAAAUACACACAGGAGAGAAGCCUUAUUCCUGCACUGACUGUGGGACACGCUUCACAACAUCAAGGGCUCUGACAGUUCAUCAGAGAGUGCACACUGGAGAGAAGCCUUACUCCUGUUUUGACUGUGGGAAGAGUUUCUCAGGAUUGGGUCACUUAAAAAGACACCAACGUAUACACACAGGAGAGAAGCCUUACUCCUGCUCUGACUGUGGGAAGAGUUUCUCUCAACAGAGCAGCUUAAACUCGCACAAACAUAUACACACAGGACAGAAGCCUUACAACUGCUCUGACUGUGGAAAAUGCUUCACAGCAUCAUUUGAGUUAAAAGUUCAUCAGAGAACACACACAGGAGAGAAGCCUUACUACUGCUCUGACUGUGGGAUGAGUUUCUCUCAACAGAGCAGCUUAAAGUCACACCAACGUAUACACACAGGAGAGAAGCCUUACUCCUGCUCUGACUGUGGGAAGAGUUUCUCUCAUCAAAGCAGCUUAAAAUCACACCAACAUAUACAUAAAGCAGAGAAGCCUUACUCCUGCUCUGACUGUGGGAAGUACUUCACAACAUCAGCUGAGCUAAAAGUUCACAAGAGAACACACACAGGAGAGAAGCCUUACUCCUGCUCUGACUGUGGGAAGAGUUUCUCUCAACAGAGCAACUUAAAAACACACCAACUUAUACAUACAGGAGAGAAGGCUUUCUCAUGCUCUGACUGUGUGAAGUGCUUCACAACAUCAUCUGAGCUAAAAGUUCAUCAGAGAACACACACAGGAGAGAAGCCUUACUCCUGCUCUGACUGUGGGAAGAGUUUCUCUCAACAGAGCAACUUAAUAACACACCAACGUAUACAUAAAGGAAAGAAGCCUCAUCAGUUCUCUCAGGCCAGUUAAGAUUAAAGUCACUCCAUCACUUCAUUCUCAUCUCAUAAAGGAAGUGGUAACAGUGAAUUUGAUAACAUUAAGAGAGAGUAACACACUAUUGUAAUCCUAUAGUUUCUCACUGUGAGAGAACUGUGUAGAGAAAAGGGAGCAUUAUAGAACAUUAGCCUAUCUUUACUUUACUGAUCAGUCUGCACCUUGUCAGUUCUGGUGUGUUUUUUUAGCUUCUACUGUAAAGAUAUUGAGAUUACCUUGGAUUUGCCCUUAGCGUUGAUAUCCCUCUCUGGGAUCUCUUGUUAAAACAAUGGAGUGUGAUGGUUGGCUUGGUGGUACUGCUACUCUCUGCAGUUUUCUGUGGGAAUGAGCUAGUAGACACAUGUGUCAGAUAGAGAUGGUGUGAUGAUCAGUGUUCUGUGGGAAUGAGCUGGUAGACACAACAUGUGUCAGAUAGAGAUGGUAUGAUGAUCAGUGUUCUGUGGGAAUGAGCUGGUAGACACAACAUGUAUCAGAUAGAGAUGGUGUGAUGAUCAGUUUUCAACAUUAGUUUGGGUGGAUACUUUUAUUCCUACUAAAUGGUUUUUGUUUAAUGAUACACAGGUUAUAAAACAAAUACAUGUGUUUAUUAAAUUGUCUUUUAAAACUAGAUUCACUAUUUUAGUCAUUGAUGAUUAAUGUAUUUGGAUAACUGCAAUGAAUGUAAUUGAAUUACUAAUGAAAAAUAAAUAUUCUACAUACA